AUGAGUGGUGUAGACGUCGAGGAGCUGCGUCAGGUGACACUUGGCAAGAAGCUAGGCGCUGGCAGUUUUGGUUCGGUUUAUGCUGGCAUCCUCCCCAGUGGUCGAUUUGUUGCGGUGAAGGAGUUGGAGCUUGCAGAAGAUGCUCCCACUAAUACAGAGGUGGAGAUUCAUAAGAAGCUGGCACAUGAAAACAUUAUUCGAUACCUUCACAGCCAUGUCGACACCGAAAGCUCACCGAAGCGGUUGUUUGUUUAUCUCGAAUUUGUUACAGGGGGUUCUGUGACAUCACUUAUGAAAACUCUUCCAAAGGGGCGCUUGCCAAAUCCAGUGGUGCGGGUUUACGCUCGCCACAUGUUUUCUGGUUUGGAGUACUUGCACAGGAAUCAGGUGGCUCACCGUGAUAUCAAGGGGGAUAACCUGCUUAUUUCUAUGGACACAGGGAUAGCGAAACUGGCCGACUUUGACCAGGCAAAAAUUAUGACGACACAUGGAACUCUACGCAAGGCGGCCACUGCGACGCUUGCCGGUACACCGUACUGGAUGGCGCCGGAGGUUAUUACCGACGAAAGUGGAUACAAUCCAUUUAAGGCGGACAUAUGGUCUGCGGGAUGCACGGUGGCUGAGAUGAUAACAGGCCGCCCCCCGUGGACGCCAAUGGCCAAUGUAAUGCACAUUAUGAACAGACUUGCAAUGUCCUCCGGGUGGCCCGAUGCGGUUCCAAAGGAUCCUGAGGCGUUGGGUUCCCAGCAUGCCUAUGACUUUCUAGAUCUUUGCUUCAAACGCGAUGUUGCCGAGCGACCUGAUGUCUCAACAUUACUGAAGCAUCCUUUUCUACAAAUCUAG